AUGCUUUACUAUCUCAUCGACAGCUUUAAGUCCAACAAGGACGCCAGACCUAGCCCCGAGCCACUAAACCACCAAGAGGCCUCAACCUCUGAGAAAUGGCUCGUCCACAAAAUCCACCAAGCAACAACCACCACUCCCGCCCUCAACCAGAAGACCGCAAACACCACCGUCGUCGACGACCUCAACCCAAGCCUUACCAACCUCCGCACCGUCGUCCAAAACGACCCCCACCUUGCCACUUUAGCAGACCAAAUGUUCACCCAAGCCGCGGCCCUCCAGCCCCGCGACCCGACAGAGCAACCCGCCAUCCAGUCCUUCCGCCAGUUCCUGCAGGUCGUCAACGUCAUCAUGCGCUCCGGGCCGCAGUUCUUCGACAGGCCGGGUAACGAGGACGCCAUGGGAUUCGUGGCGGCGCCGAUUAACGCCCUAUUGAAUUAUCCCAUGGGUACGGCGGCUGGGUACGAGUUCUUUCGGAGGCGAGAGGUGAACGAGGCGAUGGGGGAGGUGUUGAGCGCUUGGGGUAGGUUUCUUGCUUCGAGGGAGUCGAGGGGGUGUUUGAGAGCGUGGGUGUCUGCUUCUGGCCAGGUUGUGAUGGCGGAGAGGGCGGAUGGAAGGUUGGAAGGUGGUGGGUUGGGGUUUAAGGAGUUAUUUGUUUGUCCUGAUCCUGAGGAUACGGAGACUCUUGGGUAUAAAUCGUGGGAUUCGUUCUUUGUGAGGCGGUUUCGGGAGGGCGUACGGCCUGUGGAGUUCCCCGAUGACAAGGACCGCGAUGAUGAGAAGAGGCUGUGGGUUGCGGGCAGUAGUAGCACCCUUGGCAUUCGAGUCGACGACAACACCUCGGUCAUCGUCAACGCGUGCGAGUCGGCGCCGCUGCAAGUCGUAUCCAACGUCGCCCUGGGCGCCGACGUCACGCUGAAGGGCCAACCGUACUCCCUCACCGACAUGCUCAACAACAACCCGCUCGCGCCGCAGUUCGUCGGCGGGACGAUCUACCAGGCCUAUCUGAGUGCCUUCAGCUACCACCGCUGGCACGCGCCCGUGAGCGGGCGGAUCGUCGAGGUGGAGAUGAUUCUGGGUACAUACUUCAGCGUGAACCGGUACCAGGGCAUAGCUGUGUGUGGGAACGACAAUGAUGAUACAGAUGGUCCGGAUCCGCAGGCGCCGUGUAGGUCGCAGGCGUAUACUGCUUCGGUGGCGACGCGGGCGGUGGUGUAUAUACAGGCGCGGAACCCGAGGAUCGGGUUGAUGGCGAUUGUGUUUGUGGGUAUGACGGAGGUGUCUAGCUGCGAGGUGACUGUAAGGGCUGGGGAGGAGGUUGUGAAGGGGCAGGAGAUUGGGAUGUUUCAUUUCGGGGGUAGUUCGCAUUGUCUGGUGUUCCGACCGGGUGUUCAACUGAGGUUUGCUAAGAACCGGUUCCCUGCGGGCCUUGAAGGGAAUAACAGGGUGAAUAGUGCGCUCGCUGUGGUUGAGUGA